AAUACAUAAGUUUAAUAUUUUUACCAUGGGGGAAUACUUACUGCAUAUUUGUUUAUUAGGGUUGAGUUUCCGAUUAGCAGCAUGUACUGACCCGAGCGUUUCGCCCCCAGCGGCAUGCGUGAUAGACUUGGAAUGUGCGGAGUGCAUGCCGGACAACAUGCCGAUGGUGACGUCACACCGCGCGGUGAACGGCUCCGUGCGCGUGCCGAGCGGGGACGAGGCGCUGCUGUCGUGCGGCGGCGGCAAGUUCCUCGAGUACCCGCUGCGGGACUCGCUCGCCGCCGUGUGCGAGGGCGGCCGCUACCGGCUGCGGCACGACCGCUCGCUGCGGCAUCUGCUCGACCUCGGCUGCCAGGAGAGCGUGCUGGAGGACGUGCUGCACCAGGUGCCGGAGUGUGCGGCGCCGCUGCAGGGGCGCGCGUACCUCGUGCAAGAGCGCGGCGGGCGCGUGCGGCACCUGGCCGCGCUCUGCUACGACCCGGACCGCGGCGUGAGCGCGCGCGCGCAGCCCCGCCCCCCGCGCCUGCCCCCGCACGAGGACGCGCGCGCCCCCCUCUCGCUGCUCGGCAACUUCAACCACAUGUUCGACGCGCGCACCAGGCGCGACGCCGACCGCCUCUACUCGGACGACGCGCGCCUGAACCGGCGCCUGCGCGAGCUGCUCCGGCCCGGGCGCGUCGCGCUCGCGGGCCAGCAGCUGACGGCGGCCGGCCUGCUCGCGCCCGGCUACUUCGACGACCAGGAGGCGCGCGUCGUCGACUUCGCCUCGAACAAGGUCGCCGUGUGGCGGAGCGUCGCCGAGGGGAACCUGCGGCACGUGCGGCGCGACGUGGCGGCGCUGCGGCGGCGCGCGCCCGACGUGCAGAUCCACGCGGGCACGCACGGGGUGCUGGCGGUGCGCGGGGCGGGGGCGGUGCACCUGCGGGGCGGGGGGCGGUUCCCGGUGCCGCGCUACGUGUGGACGGCGGCCGUGCGGGGCGCGCGCGGGCUGGCGCUGGUGGUGCUGAACGACCCGCUGGUGGCGGUGAGCGAGGUGCGGCGCGCGGUGUUCUGCGAGAGCGUGUGCGGCCGCGCCCGCUGGCUGCUGCACCUGCACCGCAACAGGAACUACGAGGUGCCGGCGGCGGGGCUCGUGUUCUGCUGCUCGCUCGCGAACUUCACCGCGCUCGUGCCGGAGCUGCCGGAGGCUCUCGUCCGCGACGUGCCGCCCGGCGAGGAGGGGCUGCUGCUCGACUCGCCGGUCUGACCCCCCCGGCGUCCGGGGGACGCGGCCGCCCGGCGAAUCGGAAGCUUUCAUUUCUGAAUCUCGUCGGAAGUCGGGCGGCCUCGGCGGUGGCGUCGUGAUCGGUGGACCUGUACGUGUUCCGCGGGAGCUCGGGCGGUGGUUAUUCUCGGGGGUCCCAUUAAAAUUUUACCAAAUUUAAGAAAUUCGAUGUACCUAUUUUUAACUACUGACAGAUGUAAAUAUUUUCUGAAUAUAGUAAUUAUAGAUUAU